CCAUCAAGAAACAAUGAGUUUAAAACCAUUCACCUACCCAUUUCCAGAGACAAGGUUCCUUCAUGCAGGACCCAGUGUUUAUAAGUUCAAAAUCAGAUACGGCGACAGUAUCAGAGGAGAAGAAAUAGAGAACAAGGAAGUCAUCAUCCAGGAGCUGGAGGAUUCUAUCCGUGCAGUUUUGGCAAACAUGGACAACCUGCAACCCUUUGUUACAGAACACUUCAUUGUAUUUCCCUAUAAAAGCAAGUGGGAGAGAGUUUCCCACCUGAAAUUUAAACAUGGAGAAAUAAUUUUGACCCCCUACCCAUUUGUUUUUACUCUGUAUGUGGAAAUGAAAUGGUUUACUGGUAAUAUGCCUUCAGGGAAACCAGCAGAUGAUAUUCCUCUUAAGCUGGCCCUAGCUGAGAAGAAAGCAGAAGAAUCCACAAUGCGGAAACGAAAACUCAUGGAGGAACCUAGUUCCCCUAGCAGGCCAGAACCACACAGAGCCAAGAGAGAGACUUCCAGUGAUGCCUUCAGCAAUAUGAAGCCCCUGAAGGAAACCAAGAGGGUUUGGGGAGAAGCCCAGCAAGAACAUCAGGAUGCUUCUGAUGCCACCGAUGGCCAGGAACAGGAUUCUAAGUUGGGGCAUAGUCUUCCAGGGCUGGUUGUCCCUCCACUGCAACAUAGCAACCCGUCACCACCCAGAGAACCAGGAACCAGUGGCUUCUUUGGGUUUCUAAGCACUCUGUUCCCGUUUCGGUAUUUCUUCAGGAAGAGCAGUCAGUGAGCCUGCCAGGCACUACGGCAUGGUGGCUUCAUAGGUCGGUGGGUCGGAAGAAGACUUUGUCUUGCAGUGACUCCUCCUGAGCUAUACCAAACAUCCUUUGCUUUCAUCUUCUUCCUUCUUUGUUUUGUUUUAGAGAUAAGCAUUAUUGUUAAAUAGCUUAGGCUAGCUUCAAAUGCUCCAUCAUUCUGUCUUGGGCUACCAGUCUGCACCACUACACACCAUCCUUUCCUUGUAAUUCCUGAGUUAUGGGGAUGAGGGCACCAGACUGAAUCCUCAUAUGAGUUUAUCCUGUUGUUUGCCUUUGAUUUUUUUUUUUUUUUUCCUAUUUAAAACAUUAAGGAUGGGACUGGAGAGAUGGCUCAGAGACAAAAGCUUUGAC